AUGGUCCUCUCUCACACUACGAACCACACCUACUCCCACCCCUUCCCGACCGUGACACUCGCCUACUUUCUCCGCUACUCUUCGCCCAAACUCAACCCAUUCUCCACCCAUGUCCUCAGCACCGACACCAUCGAUAGUCGCCUCGACCCGGCGACGGGCAGGUUGCACACCACCCGCAUCCACCUGAAGAAGUCUCGCAUGCCUGCGCCAGUCUUCAAGCUUCUUCCUACAUCCAUCACCGGAGGCGGCUCCAGCGAGAAAAACUCUGUCAUUGACAUGCGCGAGGGUUGGAUGCGCACCGAGAGCAAGAACCUCAGCUUCAUGAAUGUGCUCUCCGUCGUCGAGAAGCAGGAUUUCCGCCUUCCAGCUGAAGCAGCUGACGCGACUACCGAUGUCACAACCACAUUCGUGUACAAGUCGCGUCUCGGCGAGAGGCUGCGCGGCGGCAAGAAGGACCAGAUGCAAUCUGCCGUCGAGCAACCGGAGCAAAAGGAGGGUCGCUGGAUGCCCGGCUGGAUGAGCGGACUCGGCGCGCGCGGCGUGCAACGCAGCAUCGAGAGCAUCGCCUCGAGCAAGACACAGGACCAGAUGGGCAAGAGCCGUGAGGGCAUGCGCGUCGUUCUGGAGCGACUCCGGAAGAACGGCGUCGUGGGCGUGCUGGAGAUGAUGAGACGGGAACGCCAGUUGGCUUGA